UCCAACGAUUUUGUUUGUUUAUAUCUAAAGCGUCAUAUUUCUGAUAUGCUGAAAAAAUGUUUUAGUGCAUAUUUUAUAAAAUGUGAAGAAGAUACUCUAUGAUUAUUGUUAACAAUUGGAAAAAUCGGUUGUUAAUCGAUUAGAAUUAUUCCGCUGACGAUUUCUUUUGGGAUUAUUGAUCGAGUUUGGCUAUUCAUAUCAACAUGAGAGUUGAUAGUUCUUUAAGACCCUUUGAGAGAAAAACUUUUUUCCUUGAUUUGCACGGAUACCCUCAAGAAGCUUCUUUAAUUAAAAAUUUGAAAUUGCUUGGUGCUAGGCAUGAACCAGUUUUCAGCAAAUAUGUGUCUUUUGUUGUAUCUAAUAGAGUUCCUUUGAAAACAACUGCAAUAAUACAUCAAAGACCAUAUAGUCCAUUAACACCAAAAUCAACUGGAAUGUGUCCAAGUCCUCAAUUGUUUAGUGAAUGUUCUGCAGACUAUCUUGAAUCAUCACCAUAUUCCAUUUCACUUUCCUCAGAUCCAUAUCCUCCUUCACCAAAGGUACAAUCAAGAGGCAUGGCUCUUCUCAAGAAAGCAACUCAAAAAGCAAAAGAGAAUCAACGAGCCACAGAUCUCCUAGAGAAUUGCAAGCGCUGGGGUAUAAAAGUGUACCAUGUAGAAAAAAUUCUCCCCAAAGUGAAAAAAUACACAAAUUUGAUUGCUGCACAGUAUGCUAAACAGAAAGAUCAGAAGAAAAAAGAUAAUGAAAAAAAGGAAGAAUACCCAUCACAUGUUAAAAAACUUCUCCCUCCAUUUAUAAAGUUUGAAGAUAAGGAAAGGAAAUUUAAGCCAAUUUUUCAAGAAUUUACUUCAUGGACUGAGGUUAUUGAUUCAUCUCUAUCCCGCAACAUCAAUCAACUGAACAAGCAAUUUAAAAGGACAGGGGAUCUCUCAGAUGUGUCAAGAUCUGUUUUUGCUGAAAUUAAUAUAAAUACUAGUAAUAAGAAUCUAGAAUCAUCUAGAAUUUACUCACUUCAUGCUGAUGAGAGUCGCACAAAAUCAUUUACCAAAUUAACAGAGAAUCUCAAACCAUCCAAUUGUACUUCAGUACAAGUAUCCACCAGUAUACUUCCAUUAGACACGGAAAAAGAGAAUACGGUGCAAGUGGUUAAAAAUAAAAAACACCGUAGAAGAGUUAAAUCCAAAUCCCCGUAUUGUGAAAUUUGCCAUAAGAAUUAUAUUGAUCUUGAUGAGCAUAUUAAAACAGAGAAGCACAGGAGAUUUAUGUCUAAUCCUAUAAAUUUUCUUGCUGUCCAAAAUAUUAUAACAAGUUUACCUAAAAAGGGCGAUGAUCUGCUUUAUAAAUCAUAUUUAAUUGAGGAAGGUAACCAUUUCAGUUUCCCUGGAUCCUGCCAGAAUACGGAAAUUCUGGAUUGUAACAACGUCUUGUAUCAGCCUGAAAUUGUUACUGAUGUGUUUGAUCCUGUUUUUGAUAUACAUGAUCUGCCCACAGAACCCUAUUCCUUUAUAGAUCCAGAAUUUGUCAGUCCUUCCUGCUCUUCACCUGAUUUAGUGCCUUUACCUUUCUUGCACGAUUCAGGAGAAGAGUGUUCAGAAAAACCCUCAUCACAUAGAAAUGAAACCUGUAACAAUAUUUUAGAUUUUAGCAUGGAAAAGAAUUCAGAUUUUAAACCAGAAAUUCCACCUGUUUCCAGCAAUGUUGCCUUUUUACAAAAUGCAACUGCAAAUACGAACAAUAUUAUGUGCAAUGAUAUUACUCUUCCCAAUGAUCUUACCACUGUAGAUAUGGUAGAUACGUUAGCUGAAGGCAAUAGGUGCCAAGAAGAAUCUGUUCAGGAAAAUCAGAUUUCUCUAAAUGAGGUUACUGAUGCACCUGAAAAUGUAUUUACUGAAAAUUAUUUGCAUACCAAGCAUGAAUCCUAUAAUAAUGCCAAACCUUUUUCUCUUGUACAACCUUUAGUUGGGCAUCUGUCAAUUUGUAAUCAAAAUAAUUUACCAGAAGAAUCUUUGAAUACUGUUCCAGAGAAAGAAAACUGUGAUCUUAAUUUGGUAUUAAAAGAUGAGACAAAUGACAACAUAAAAUCUUUGCUAGAGAUUCAGCCAAAUAGCACAGAGGCUCAGGUUGAAAACAAUUCUGUUAAUGUAAGUAUUCAUGGUCAAAGAAAGAAUAAGAAACGAGCUGGAACUGAAAUUUCUGGCUCUAGUUUUAAACAGAAAAGACGGAAAGUGGCAUCUAAAAGAAGCUGUAACAUCAAAAAGAGAGAAACUGAUGAUGCUAUUGCUUCUGUUCCGUCAUGUAAUUCCAAUGAUUAUAUUUGUAAAGAUGUUUCAUCAGUACAGAUUAACCUACUCUCUGAAGUUGAAUGUCCUGUUUCUGAAGAAAUUUGUGAUUCCGAAGACAGUGCAAUAGUUAUUCCCUCAAAUGAUAUUUAUUUAAAGACUGUUCCUACUUCGCAAAAUAAUACUGGAGAGAUAUCUGAAUCUGUUUCGGAGACAUUCCAAAUUUGUUCUGAAUUAGAUGUAACCUUUGAAAAACUAAAUUCAAUUGACUCCACAAUAAAAAGAAUGAACAGUGGAUCCGAUACUGAAAGUUUAUUGCAUUCUCAAAUUGAAUUUAUUUCUGAAGAAAUUUGUGAUUCCCAAGACAGCGCAAUAGUAGUUCCCUUGAAGGACACUCACUCAAAAAUUCUUACCACAUUUCAAAAUAUUUCAGAAAACAUUCCUGAAUCUGUUUCAGGGGCAUUUCAAAUUUGUUCUGAAACAGCAUUGGCUUUUGAAAUGAAUCCAAAUGAUUGCAAAAAGAGGAGGAAUAUUGAACACGAUCUUUCUGAUUCAGAAGACCUGAACAAUAAUAUGUGUCAUGAAAUGUUUCAAAAUUCUGUAGUUGAUAGUGGCAUAGAUAUGCUUACACCUUUUCUCAUGAAUUCUACUUUAGAUACAUCAUUUGAAAAGUUUGCUGAAAGAGACACAAAUUCUCUUAUAAAUUUUAAUAACAACUGCUCUCUUGAUGCAUCUGUUAAUAAUUGUUUUUCUGCCAAUUAUUAUACAUCAAAUAUUGAUCAUCCCUUUCAAUCUAAGGAUAUGUCAAGUCGUUUAGAAGAUAUUUCUACUGACCUCUGUCCAGCUGAGGCAGAAACUUCUGUAAGUUGUAUUUAUGAAGACACUUUGAAUCGUAAAGUACAUUUUAUGGAAGAUCCCGAUUUAGAGCUCUUCAAAUCAGCUUCUCAAAUUACAGUUUGCUCUGAGCAGAAUGAGAAGGUUGUUUCUGUAUUAAUUAAUGGUUUCAAUUAUAAGGAUGGCAUAUUGAAUGAUCAAUUAUCCUGUGCGCCAAUGCUUUCUUUAUAUAGCAGAUACAGCUAUUUAAAUAAUACCCAUCACAAAUGCAAUCAGCUGUCAGGAAUUGGAGAUUAUAAUUCAAGUAAUUUUGUAGAUGAAAAUAAGGAAGCUUCAUUAGAAAUGCCAUGCUUCGAUUUUAAUGUUGAAUCAUCAACAAUAAACAACUUUGUUUAUAAUCUGGUAUCUGUUGGGGAUCAAACAAAAAUUGUCCAGAAAACAAAAGAUCCGGAAACUGAGAUCACAGAUCUGGAAAAUAAAAUUAAAUCUAAAAAAUGUACUGACAGAAAACAAAUUCAAGAUAACUUUACAAGAAUUUUUCUUUCAGAUAAUAAGCAUUUCCCUUGUAUUUAUGAGAAUAAACUUCAGCUAUUACAUAUUAGUGGUAUUGAAUUUCAUGAAUGUUUAUUUAUUUGUAGUUUAAGUAAAUGUAUAUCGGGAUCUCAAGAAACUUCUGCUGCAGGAAAUCCUAAAUUUCAGGAGUGCUUGAUAUCAGUAGAUUCUACAAUUAAAAUUUCUUCUAAUAAACAAAAUUUAGCCUACUAUUCUUUAGAUUCAUUAAAAGAAUCUUAUAGUAACAAGGGAAGAUGGAAUCUUUUGCUUGUUAAAAUGGAAGAUUUGAAAUUAGAAUCUGGUUUCAUUGGCUUAAUCUUAGAAAAAUGUCAAGGUAAAGCACUUAUAUCUGUGAGUAGCAUGGGAAAUAAGAAUAGUGUAAGUAAAAAUUUUACAACUCAACCCAAACCAAGUUCACCUGUAUACUGUACAAUACUAUAUCCUUAUCAAGAUACUAAAAUAUGUGAUUACUUUGGUAAUAAAAAUAUUUGUAGGGAUUCCAUUUCAUCUGCUUCCUCAAAAUUUAUUUGUGAUGUUGGAAUGAAAAACUUGAUUUCUACUAAAGAUGAAACAAUUAGAAGUUUAGCUGAUAAUUCUUCGGAAGCAGUUUGUAGAAAAUCAUUAAUUGUCAAUCAACCAUUAAACUUAUGUACAAAAGAAUCUGAACAAAUGGACUUAGAUCCACAAACUUUCUGUGAAUUUCCACAAUUAAAUCCAUGUUUAACUGAUAAUAUUGGUAAUUUAGCAUCAUAUUCACCUCUUCAAAGUAGUGCCAAAUUGUCAUUUGAUGAAUGUUGUUCUUAUGAAAGGAUUGCUAAGCAACUAAUUCAGGCUUCCUCUAAUUUGCAAUAUAUUGAGCCUAUUUCUGUGUGUAGUUCUGAUUGUGAUGUUGACUGCUGUAAGCCGUGUACUUGUGAUUUAGGUGGAGGUAAAUGUAUACCUCAAACAUGUAACAAUUUUCAGUAUAUUGAAACCAAUUCCAUGGAUAGUUCUGAUAAUGAAUGUAUUUUACCUAAUAAGGAGAUCACACCCAAUUGUAAUUUGUCAAAAUUUUUGAAUAAUUCUGUACUGGAAUUUAAGAACAACAGCAUUAGUGGUGAUACUUAUGAAACUUCUCCAUUAUCUCCUCUGUAUGUCGUUAUAGAUGAUGCUGAUUGUGAUUCUGAUGAUGACUGGAAUAGCAUCAAGAGUGAGGUUGAUAGUGUGUGUCGCGAAUUUUGUCAUAAUGAACAGUAUUAAAAUUCAUAUGUAUAUAUAUUAUAUUUCUGAAAACGUACAAAAAGGCAUUUCCUUAAAAGGAUUUUACUUUUUUAUUUAGCAUUUUUGUGUCAUUGUAAUGUAUAUGUUUUGCCAUUUAUUUUCAUUGUUUGCAUUAAUAGCUCAUUAUUUU